AUUUGAUGAAACCGCUCAGCACACGGCUAUAAAAGUGAACUCUUUGGUUAAGGCCUCACCAGAAGUAAUCCUAACCUCAGUGAAAUCCAACUUGUGUGGCACAAUGAAACAAUUUACGCUUGUUGCAGCCAUCCUAUGCGUUCUGGGCGCCCAGGCGGCACCGGAUCGUAGUCCACGUAUCAUCAAUGGACAUGUUUCUCCUCAUCAACCCUAUAAUGCAUACGUUCUGUACCUGAACACACAAAACGCAGGAUUCUUCGGUGGUGGCACGAUUAUCUCCGAUCGUCACAUUUUGACUUCAGCUCAGAACAUUGUUGGAUUCGUACAAUGGGACAUUGGAAUUGGAAGCAACAUUUUCGUUCAGCUCAGUAUGAUUAGAGCAGUUACGGCUAUAUCUCAUCCUAACUACAACGCUGCAAACCGACUGAACGACAUCGGCAUCAUCACUCUGCCAAAUCCUUUGGUCUUCACAUCCACGGUGUCUCCUGUUUCGCUCCCAACAUUGAACACUGUACAGGCCAAUAUGCUGCCUUUGGAAAAUGAGCAGGGUACGAUCGUCGGAUUUGGAUUCGUUAACGCCGCCUCUACCGCACGAGCGGACUUCCUGAUGCGUGCCUUCCAACGAGUGAUUCCCAACGCCCGUUGUCAGCAGCACUUCCAAAUUACGCUUCCUCAGCACUUCUGCGGCGAAGACACCACUGAUAUCUCCAACGUCUGCAAUGGCGAUCUGGGUGCUGGUUUUAUUACCGAUGUCCGCGGCCGUCCGACCGUUACCGGAAUCGCCUCUCUGAUCACCCAGAGCUGCGGAAACACGGCCCCAACUGGAUACACGCGUGUCGAAUCCUACCGGCAAUGGAUUACUUCGGUAACACAAAUCUAAUGAAGUGUAUACCUCUCAAGAUGCGAAUAAAUAUUGUAUGAGCGAAUUGGUAUUAA